AUGCCUCACGUCUCCGACGACCCUGCCACUGACUCCGAAACCCUUCUCCCCACUGUCAUCUCACACCUGCCCUCGCUCCUCUCCAAUCCGCCCCUCGCCGUCGCCGUCUUCCAGGCCGUCCGCAAUGCCUGCCUGGUCCCGCGCUCGCUACCGCACCUCUCGCCCCUUCUCAUCCCGCUCUCCGCCGUUGCCCUCUCCUCCCCGCCGCUAUGCAAAGACGCCAUUGCCACCUGCGUAGCCCUCGCCCGCGCGCUUGUGGCCCGCGAAUCCUCGCGCCUCGUCGCCACCUACAUCGCAGACCUAGUCGCCGCCGCCAUCGCCCUCGUCCAGCAUGAGUUGCCCACCCCGCUCACCGAUUUCCUCCCGACCUUCUUCGACGCCGCCCGCACACACGCUUCCGCUGAGACGGAGAUCUCUGCCCUCGACGCCAUCAAGAUCGCACCCAUCCCCGUCUCCCCGCGCUCGCUCGAGGCCGCCUUGCGCCUGCUCGCCGCCUUCGUCCCGUCCCACAGAGCAUUCCCCUUCCUGCAUCCCCACUCGGGGUCGCCCCCAGAGAGCCAGCCCAACAGCCAGCCGCUCGCUUUAAACGCCUCGCCCGCGGCCCCAGCCAUUUGCCUGUGGGUCAAGAUUGGCGCCUCCGCCCGAUCGGCCGUAUUGGCCUUUGCCGCCAGCCAUGUCCUCCUCACCGCGCGCUGCGGCGCAGACGUCGCGGUCGCGUCGCUCGUCGUCUUGGAGCGGGCCUUCGAUGCGGCCACCGUCUGCGUCGUCCCGCCCGUUGUUUGUAAGAGGCUUGUCGCUAUCAUUCCAGCUGUGCUUGCGGAUGAGGGGCUCGCCGCGAUACCGACUGAGCAGGCGGAUCGCAUACGAUUGUCUUUGUUCAAGGUUGCUCAGCUCGCCUCCGCUUCGGGGCACCUCCCGUCGGAGGUGUGGAAUGUGUCCGGCAUUCGCAUGGCUGUUUCUCACGAUGGCGAGGUAGGGGAGCUGCUGCGGUCGUUUUCGAAGUCGGGGAUUGUGUCGAGCAGCGCAUGCGACAUGUCUGGAAAACCACGUAGCAAGGGGCUCUCGCUGGCGCGCCGUCCGAGAAAACGAAGGCGAAUUACUAAUAAUCCUCAGCCUAUGGACACCGAAGAGCAGUUUAGCGGCGUUCAGGAAGCCUUAUCACAGAGCGUGGCUAGUCUAGGCGACGGACGGGAACCCGUUGCGCCUGUUGCUACGCUAAUUAAGGAGUUGGGCAAGCUCGGGAGCAUUUACAGCUGCGUCGAGGAGCCGAAAGCCUUGCAGGUUCUUCGCCGUGUUGCAGCGUUGUCGGCGGAUGCGUUACGUUACGCGGAGACGCCGAAGAGCGCCAAGUUGCCGUGCGAUACAUUGGAAUCGUGGCUAACGUUCGCUCAUUCCAUCUCCCAGAUUAUCAUCGACGUUACCAGUAGCAUUAAACUGGAGUCUACUCGCGAUCUUUGGGAAGGACUUCUACUGCUAGGAUCUGAGAGUCUAAGACUUGCUACUUCUCUGAGCGUCUUGGAUCAAAAUGGCACUUUCGACAAAGCCCUGCGAAAUAGUACGCGGGUCGCUACAGCGCGACAUGACUGCAAUGUCUUAAUUGCCUCUGUGGUUACUGUUCUCGACUGUGCAAGCCAAGCAUUGCUUUCGAACCAAGGGAAUAUCCCUAUUGGCUUGCUCUCUGACCUUGUCUGGAGACUUGGCGAGAGAGCAAGAAGAGAACGCUCAACUGUAGAUGAAGAGCUUGUAUCGGGCGUAUGCGAAAGAAUUCGCUCUUGCGCACUGCAAGUGAGCUCUGUUUGUAAGCUUCAUGAAAAACAGUCUCUCCUGAAAAGCUCUUUUCAUGCCAUCGCUGCUAUGGGUUGUCAAGUGGCACCCGAUCGAGUUGCCAGUGAUCUCUCGACGCUGUGCACUUUGGUUCCCGAGUAUUCAACUAAAUCCCCGGGAUAUGCAGCAGCCGCGCUUUAUGCAAUUUCAGAUCUGAUAUGUCGACAUGUCGAUUGCGAUGCAGAACAUGUGCAAACAAAUGCCACAGGGAAGAGUGAACACGAGAGCCUUUCAGUUUUUGAUGAGAGCAAGUGGGUGGUGACUUUCCCCGUCGUCAGUGCGAUCGUUCGCGGGACCGGUGCUGAUGAGCUCAUUCUUGCAGCCGCACAUUGCCUGGGAAUUCUAGUUGUUCAUGCUCCACUGCACAAGAUCGGUGAGGCUAGUUCAGUUUUAGUGCAGACCAUUUGGCAUCCAACAAGCUCCAUCGCUCGAGAGAGAGCUAUAGCCUUUCUCUCUGCCCUUCUUCUGCGACAUCUUGAGCGGCAGGAUAGAGGCAUCGAGCUUCAUCAAGGUUCGAUUUUUUCGUCCUACGCUUCAUCUCUGCGAAGACAGAAUGACUCUUGGGAUGGCAUUGAGAAAGUCUUGUCGUUGACUGGCGAGUCAAGCGAUGUUUUUCGUCUUCUCGGUAUAGAACUACAGAAUCGAACGCAAUCAUGGAGCAUGGCUCUCCAGAGCCACAAUGUGAAAGACAUUGAGAAGUUAGAUAUUGGUCCUCUCGGACUGAUUUUGGGUCUUCGUUCAGAUGCGAUUCCCAUGGCACGAAUAAAGGGUCUGGCAGCAGACUAUCUCUUGGCUGCUGCAAUUUCAGAACUGCAGCAUUGGCAGGGUUCUUUGAAUUCUCAAUCGGAGAAAGCCGCACAAGUACCUACCCUCCCACUGAAGGCGUGGAAACGCCUUCUCAAUCUUGAAUCAAACGGCAACGGGGCACGAUACUCCUCGCGGGCCCGAGCAGACUGCGAUGCCGGCACUACCAUUGGACCCAAUCUGGUCGAAAGCCGGCAAGCAGUUGUCUACGGUCGUCGUCCCAUUGCUUUGCAACUAUCAAGAUUUCUGAGUUCCAGCUUAUCCGAGUGGCUUCCAUUCACAGUUUGCCGAAUGCUGCAAAACGAUUCCUUCACAGAAGCAUUAAGGGUUGUCUUGCUUUGCCCAAACGUUGAGGCAUUAUGGAAGAAGGUCCCGAGGUACGCAGUUGGUCCGUUCCUUCGACAAAGGGACGCAGUAGGUUUGGAGUCUCUAGCUCUGCGUGUAAAUCAAUCCAAGAAGGAUCUUGUCGAUCAAGUUUGCGCUGAUGCUCUGGCUAGGGCGGCGAUGACAGACUUGGAUGGUUUUGACGUAAGGCCGACUGGUGCGAACGCCCUUAUUUUGGAAUCGCUCGGAAUGCCUUUGGUAACCAUCGUUCGCAAACGUGCCGGAAAGAUUGUACAAAGAAUAAUCAUGGACAUUGGUGGAGAAAGAGAUCUUCAGGCUAGGCGGGCGCUAUUCUCAGUAGCCCAGAUUCUUCCAAUCUCCCGACAAGGAAGCAGUACAGAACCUAAUGUUGUGGGAGCCUUGGUAUCUACGCACUUCAUGCUUGUCAUGGAUGCUGUAAACCGAGGCCUCUUUAGUUCAAAGGCCUCUGAAAAGGACCGUAUGCAUUAUUUGCGCAUGCUGGAUGGUGUGAUUGGCCUCGCCCAUGAGCGCUUGCACGUCUACGUCCCCAAGAUUCUCGCCACCUUGAAAAUGGCCGCAGAACUUGAAAGAGAGAGCCCGUGGUUCCAUCAGCAAACGAUGAAGGCAUGGACUAAUUUUCUACUGCAUCUUGGUCCAAAGCGCAUGUUGCCUCACUUGGGAUCAAUACUGGCUAUUCUUUUGCCGAUGGUGUCAUCGGCAGAAGAUACUUUAGCAGCAACUCUCCAUCGGUUAAUCGCAGAGGGUAAAAGGCAUUCGUUUGCAGACUGGGCAGAAAUUGUUCUACUUCUCCGGAUGGCGAAGCACCCGAUGCUGAAGGAAACUGCGAGACAGAUCGCGGGGGAAAUCACUUCUGAGAGUGUCCACCCCCUUGAAACCGAUGCUUCUAUACAAACUGACGCACCUGUGACUCAUAAUUUGUUGAUGACAUGCGAAUCCGUCGGAAAAAUCAUCACAAAACAUGAGAAUGGGGUGAUCGAAGUGAUGGCUGCUGAUUUCCUUCGGUCACUACUUAAGAAAAACCGGAAGUUACUUGAUGGCAUAUUACGUUUCGACCGCGUUCAGGGAUACAAAAAGAACAGAGAGAUUCAAGUUAUAGCCAGGCUGCUUGAGGGUCUGGUGGAAAAUCUCAAUAAGACCAAGAACGAGGUUUGUCAGAAUAUAAUAAUGCACUGCAUCGGUGAGAUUGGAGCUGUGGACCCUGCGAUUGUGAUGCAGUUCUCACGUGCGCAAUCCAAUACGUCCGCCAGUUCUUUGCGUGAUAGUCAUACGUAUUCCUGUACCGUGCAUGGCUUGGUUGCCUUUCUUCUAGAUGAGUUCCUUGUGCCUUCGUUGGUGCGUGGGGAGAAAGCGAGUGGAUCAAGAAGUCUAUUAAAUAGAGUUGGCCUUGUGAUCCAAGAACUGCUGCGCGUCUGCGGAUGCAGGGCCGACACAGCCGCAAGGGCAAGUAAAGCCAUUCAACCGCGAGGAUCUCAAUCUCCCCCUGUAGACUGGAAGAGGUUGUUAGUGGGAGACACAGAGGGAGAGAAUGGCAUAUUCUUUUGGGAAUGCUUGGGGGGCACCACUAGGACUGUCGCCCAGCCGUAUCUUGCCGAGCCAUUUGAUGUCCAACAUUACAAGGGAGUGUUCGGCGGAAAUUCAGCCGGUGACAUCACUCUGGCAUGCCAACCUGUUUGGUCCAAGGUAAAGGCGGCUUCUCCUGCUGGUGUGGUUGCAACAGCUCAGGAAUGGCGACGGCAGAUAGUGGUACAACUUGUCGAUUACAUUGGAAAUCAAAGCAGGUUUGGGAAAACACUGAAAGCUUCACGCCCAGUACUUCGCUACGACGACAAUGUGGCAGCAUACAUGUUUCCGUUCGCUAUCACCGCCGCGCUUGAUAUCCAAAGAGGAAAGCGGUGUGUUGAAGUUCAAGAGUUUCUGGUUAGCGAAAUAGUCCAAGUACUGAAUGAGUGUCCGUCGCCGCAGCCAGUAUUUGACAUAUUGGACAUUCUGCGAACAUGGAGAGAAGAGCGAUGCAAGCUGCGGGGAAGGACGUUUCCCUCAAGAUUUAACACUCCAGAAAUGUCGAGCGCCAAGCGACGCGCCCUUCUCGAGGUGAAGACAGCCAAGGAGCGAGUCUCCGAUCCCCUCUCGCCUCUGGUCGAUUUGGAUGGAAAUGAAGCAGAUCAAUUGUCCUUACUAGUACAGGCCAGAGCAGCGUACGGAGCACGUUCGUAUUACCGAGCCGUGAUGCUCGCUGAAUACUACAUUCGAAACCUACGAGUGAAGCACGGUUAUGGGGAGUGGCCAGCAUUCAUCGAAAGUCUACGUCAAGGGCAAUAUCAGGUGAUUGAGGCAAGUUGUGGGGAACUCGAGGCCUUGAGUAUUUUGCAAAAGUCGUUUGCAGAGCUGGAAGAUCCAGAAAGCAUGGCUGGCCUUGCUACAUUGCGCGGGAAAACUUCACUCGCGGAGUCAGUCAUCGACGCAGAGGCAGCGGGUAGGCUUGAUGAAGCUCUUCUUACGUAUGAAAGGGCGCUUGCGUCAAGUCCACGUCAAUGGGAGCUGCAUGAUGGAUUCCUCCGGUGUCUAAUGACUCUUGGUCAUUGGGAAACAAUGCUCUCCCAUGCUGAGGGACUGGUUUCGUCUGCCAACUUAGAUGAAAAGAGACUGCGACAAUCGGCGCAAGCACUUGGGAUUGAUGCUGCGUGGCGACUUGGUCGGUGGGACAAGGUGGCAGACUUUGGCAAGUUCUCUGCUGACACAGACAGGCAAAAGCCGUCGUCCGGUAGCACUGCAUGGACAUUAGACUUCAAUGUGAGUUUUGGAAGAAUGCUGACGUCUUUGCGAAACAGAAGAACAGUACAGAUGCGGAGAGCUGCUUGUGAAGCAAGAAGCCAUCUUCGCGUGCCCAUUGUUCGCCUUGCUCGAGAAGGUUACAGCCGGGCAUAUCCCAUGCUUACCCUUUUACAUUCCCUUUCCGAUAUAGAAGAUACUAUCUAUGCAUGCGAAGCAAUGACUGAAUCGAGUGAAGAUACAGACUCCAGGCACGAAGUCUCUUAUACCCCUCUGAUCUCACUAGCAGGACGCUUCGCCGCAACUGCGCCGUCGCUGAAAAUUCGGGAGCCUCUUCUGUCCGCGAAAAGGGUAUGCUAUGAACUGCUACAUAAGAAAAGCGAGGCAGCAGCAGUCGAUCUGCAGCUCGCGCAGCUAGCUCAUGAAGAAGAUAACCUUCGGGCCGCAUCCGUAUAUGCGUUCAAUGCUUCGUCGAAGGUUUCCAUAGAUGAAGUUAGAUUCGAAGCCGUUUUGCAGAUGGCUCGACUAUGUCAUGACCAAGGCGAUGCCUCUGGUGCGUUAUUGAUGGUUGAAAAGGAAAUUCACAGCCUUCAGAUAACCGAGCAAGCAAGCGAAAAGGUCUGUGGAAAAAACGCCCCUUCCCCUAUCCCAGGGCGCCUGUGCACUGCAUACGUGUUGGCAGGGCGAUGGAUCGAGGAAGCUCGCAGUGAGCCAUCUGAAGUUAUUUUGUCGUUCUUUGAACAAGCGGCAGUACUCGGACCUAGCCGAGAAGAACCGUUUUACGCUCUCGGCCGACAUUAUGACGCAUUACUUCAGGCGGGAUCGAAUACAGACUCAAACGUGUCCCUUCCUGUUAUAAAGAGCGCAGCACGCUCUUCCCGUCGCGCACUGGAAGGCGGUAGUGAUCCGCUAUCAGGGAGUGAAUACGUCCCUAUGAUUAUUAAGAGCUUUGCACAGGCACUCUGCAACGGGAACGAGCGAAUAUAUGAGGCGCUCCCCAGGAUGAUGACCGUCUGGUUUGACUAUCAUUCUGCCGCAAAUUGCCCCGACGCAAGACUGUCUGGUGGUCCAGUUGAGACAGAUGUUAAGCGAGAAAUGAAGAAAGCGCUCGAAAGCAUUCCAGUAUAUAUGUGGAUGACUGCAAUUCCUCAGCUCAUGAGCCGAUUAUUGCAUCCGCGAAAGACGGUGAGAGAUGAGCUUACCCAGCUUCUUGCGCGAAUCUUUUGUGCUUUUCCAGAUCAAUGUACGUGGCUGAUUCUUCCUUCAAGUCAGUUAAAAACAAUUGAUCGCAAGAAAGCGGCAUCAGCUGUGCUUAACCAAGCGGUACAGACGAGAAAGAUGGGAAGGGCCCUUGCUGCUGAUGAGGAUCGUCAAGAGCAAGUACGGAAUCUAAAAUCCAAGAUACAUGGGGCCAUAAGCGUCGUGCGUUCUUUCAUUGAUAUUUGCCUCACGUUGCUUCCGAAGGAUCGGCGAGGUCGAUCUGAGAAUUGCGCGAGAGAAUUCACACCCUUGCGAGAUCGUCUUACAUCCUCGAAGAUCGCGAACCCGAUCAUACCCGCAGUGCGGACUUUGACCGUUCAGCUGUCGAGCACGCCAGGAAUACCUCACAAGCCGUUUGCCUCUGAACCUGUACGCAUUGCAGAUAUUGAGGAUAAAGCGCUUGUUAUGUCUUCGUUAAUGAGACCUCGAAGAAUUUCGCUCCUGGGAAGUGACGGGCGACAGUACCGCUUUCUGGCCAAGAAGGAGACAGCCGGUGACAUGCGCAAAGACAGUCGUCUGGUGGAAUUCAUGACGGUGGUGAACCGGUUGCUGUCGAAGGAUUCAAAGUCACGACAAAAGGACUUGGAACUGAAGACUUAUGCUGUACUUCCGCUGACGGAAGAAACUGGAAUGAUCGAAUGGGUGAACGAUCUGGACCCGUUGCGGAAACUGGUGCGAGAGCAGCAUCUCGCAAUCCCAGAUCUUCCUGAGGUGCAAGCGAUCCAGGCAAAGUACCAGAACACAUCAGAUCGCAAAAAGUUUUUUCGCUGGGUGCUAAACAAGUUCCCGCCGGUCUUAGACAAAUUCUUUCUAUGUAGCUUUGGGGGUGACACUAAUCCACAGUCGUGGCUUGAUGCAAGGAAUACCUGGACGAAGUCUGUAGCUGUAUGGUCCAUGGCUGGAUACGUGGUAGGGCUGGGGGACCGUCAUGGUGAGAAUGUCUUAAUCGAAACGACGACCGGGAGAUGUGUUCACGUGGAUUUUGCAAUGCUUUUUGAUAAGGGAAUGGCACUGAAAGUUCCUGAAGUGGUGCCAUUUCGGCUGACUCCCAACAUGGUGUCUGCGAUGGGCGUUGCUGGAUAUGAGGGCACGUUCAGAGUCGUGUCAGAGAUGGUGAUGGGCAUCCUCCGAAAGAACUCUGAUGCAUUGUUAGGAGUGUUGGAAACCUUCCUUUACGACCCGCUUGCAGACUGGGGUCGAAGUGAUACGAAAGGAGCAAAUGGAACAGUCAUCGCUAGCAAGGAAGCUUGGCAGACCAGAGCUGCCGUGAAGGCUAAACUAACUGGCAUGGUAGACAGCUCGGGGAUGCCCCUGUCGAUACAGGGACAAGUGCAACGGCUUAUCCACGAAGCAACGAGCGAGGAUAACCUGUCAAAAAUGUACUUGUGGUGGAGCGGGUGGGUGUAG